UAUAUAUAUAUAUGUAUAUAGUAGCAAUGUUCCUAAGUUGCACGAUAUUCGGUUAUAGUUUAAAAAAAAAUUGAAUAAUCCGAAAUUUAGUUUUACACAAGCGCUUUCAUCUUUAUAGAAUCUGAUAUAUACAUAUAUAUAUAUAUAUAUAUUGUAAUGAUAGCGAUAGUUGAUAGGUUAAUACAAUGAUUUUGUAACAGGGUCAGCAACGCGCUACAUAUACCAUGCGAUUUAUAUUGCAGCCUGCAAAUAGAUUGUGUUGGUGAGAGAAUACGCCGUAUAUUGAAACUAUUUUACCGAAGAAAAGGAUUCGCAUUUGUUUGAAAUGAAAAUAUAAAACAUAAAGUAUAACUCUCGGUCUAUGCACCGUGUAUUCAUAGGAUACACACACAUACGCCCGCACACAUACACACACGCGCGUACACACGCACACAUACGCGCGCACAUACACACGCACACGCGCACACACACACACACACACUACACAUACACGCACACACACUCUCACGCACACGGUAGUGUAUUCAUAUAUGAUAUUCGAUCGGUAGCCGAACGCGUGCGGUUAGUUGUUAUCAGGAGCUAAUAAUGACAUAAUUUGUCAUUAUGACAAUAUGACAUUAUGAUAUUAUAACAAUAAUUUGUCAUUAUUAGCUCCUGUUGUUAUCAAGACACUUAACUCGACACUUAAUUGUUAACUGAACUAAGUUACUAAAACUAAACAGUUAAGAAAACUAAACUGGCACUUAGUAAUUGUUAUCAAGACACUUAACUUGAACAUAUAUUCUCACUAUCAAAUUAAACGCAAUCAUCACACAUAAGCAUAAACUAUGCAGGUCAAAGUAUUCACGCACUCAUCGAGACUGCGCCCCUAUAUAACCGAGCUCGGACUACGUACAUAGCUGAAUAAAUGCGCUGAUCUGUUGGUGCUAACCGCGCACAUCCGAGCCAGACGUGGGUAACUUUGGCAAAGCAAUGAGUACUAUACAACCGUGCUUUGUUUGUAAGGAGCGUACAUAACGAUCGACUGGAGGGGACACAGACAUGGAGAAGGCGAGAGAGAAGGUAGCUGGGAGGGACACAGGCAUGGAGGAAGGGACAGAGAAAGUCGACCCGAGAGAUGUCUUGUUUCGUACUGUCGACGAACAUACUGACGUCAUCGAGGCAAAGAUCACAGGAGUGAUACCGAAGUGGAUAAGCGGCAACUUUAUAGCCGUGGGUCCGGGCAAAUUCGAGCAGGGCGCGGAGCGAUACAGGCACUACUUUGAUGGCAUGGCGCUGUUGAUGAGGUUCGAAGUGCGGGACCAGCGCGUGCGAUACGCGAGCAAGUUUCUGCCGACAGUAACGCUUACGAGCACGGCCUGUUGCAACAUCGCAUCGUCUACGAUGAGGUUCGGCACGGGAGCGACGUGGGUCUCCUACAUACUACCGACCAACAUGAGUGACAAUGCGACUGUAAAUCUCGUCCACCUGGGAGGCGAGUUGUACUGCAGCGGAGAAACGGCAACCAUAUUCCGAAUAAAUCCAGACAGUUUAGAAACGCUCGAGAGGGUAGAAUUAAAAAAGCUGGCCUCUCUGGAUACAUGUGUUGCUCAUGCGCAGUACGAUAACGACGGCUCUGCGUAUCUGUUAGGAAGCCAUUUCUCACCUCCAUCGGCGUAUAAGUUUAUAAAGAUUCCACCACCAGAUGAAACAAAGCGCCGUAAAAUCGAUCCCACGGAGCCUGUAAGGAGAGCCGAGGUGGUGGCCAAGGUGUCCAUGCAGAACCCGCUGAAGCCAAGUUACAUUCAUAGCUUCGCCAUGACCGACAACUACUUCAUCUUCGUCGAGUCUCCUCUAGUCAUCAACAUCCUGACGGUGACGCGGAGAAAGCUAUCAGCUCUGAGCUUAUACGACGCACUAGAGUGGCUAGAGGGAAAAAACUGUCGGAUUCAUCUCGUGGAGAGGCGGAGCGGCAAGGAGAGCAAGGUGCGCUGCGAGUGCCCACCGAUGCUCGUCAUUCACCAGAUCAACGCAUACGAACACGAUGACAACAUCAUCCUCGACGUCUGUUGCUAUGACGACGCAACAAUGCUCGACGAGUACCAUUUUGAGAAGCUGCUGGAUACGAGUUACACGCCUCGAGGCUUGGCUGAGCCCCGCCGCCUUAUCAUACCCAUCAGCGGCGCUACUGCUGCUGCUGCUGCUGCUACUACUACUACUACUACUGCUGCUGCUGCUGCUGCUACUACUACUACUGCUGCUGCUGCUGCUGCUGCUACUACUACUACUACUGCUGCUGCUACUACUACUACGUGUGAAGGUCCGAUGUCAGUAGCGAAAAGUUGUUAG